UCCUUGUAUUUCAGGAUGUAUACCAAUUGACAUUUCGACUUGGAAACCAAAGAAUUAUCCGUAUAUUCUAAAUACAUUAAAUUCAAUGGAUUUCAACCACUUUUUAUUUGUUAUCACAAGUUUAUAAGGUAAAAAAAAAUAACAUCAUCUGAAUUUGGUCUAUGUCUGAAAUUGGAUAGUAAAAAUAGUUUUUCAUACAGAGCACAAAGAAAUUCAAUUUGAAUUUUAUACAAACCACACUUUAGGAGACAUAAGUAUGAAAUGCACCGAAGAUGAAAUUACACGGAUAUUGCAUGUGAAUUAUGUACACGUUACCUUGUAUUUUGUUAUAACAUUCUCAGCCGUGGCAGUAUUCGUAGGAACCAAAACUAUCUUAAACAAAAUCCGUAGGAAUAAUGCACAAUUGACAGUUAUAAUUAUAGGGGCAGGUCCCAUAGGUUUGACUUCCGCCCUUAUAUCCGUUCAUUGUAAACGAGUACAGAAAUUGGUGCUAUACGAAGAACAAAGUAAAUCUAAUGUUGAAAGGCGGACUUAUCAAAUUGCUUUGCAACCAGCUCAAGUAUCUUUUCUCCGGAGUUAUGGAGUAGAUUUUGAUAAUUUAGAAGGUCUGUGGCAUAAAGGAUGUUUCUAUACACGUGUUGGUAUUUACUUGGAAUAUAUAAUACAUACUUUGCCGUUGUAUUCAAUGGGAACUGAAAUAAACUUCGGAACUAAGUUUUCACGGGAUAUAAGAGACACUGUAGACAAAAUCUCAGGUCGCAAGCUGGUUAUAUGUUGUGAUGGUUCUGUAGGUGUAGCUACACAUACGUUAGGACUCAGUGAUGAAUGUGUCAUUCAUUCUUGUGGAAUACUUGGAGCUGUCGCUACAGUUGAGAAAAACAAUGAAACUUUAGUUCCUAGACCGGAGAAGCGAAUACAUAAUCUAUCCUUUGAUCUAUCUGCAUAUGUGCCGACAGCAUUUGAAGAGAAUAACAGCUCUAAUUUCACUUUGAAGAUAUUUGGAAAUUCUAAGUGUAGAUAUAUGGCUCUGGCUGUAAAUAAAUGUAACUCGAAUGUCGUCAGGGCAUUGAAAACAGUAUUAGAUAAAUCAAUGAUGAGGAAUAUAUUUUUGAAAUGUUUCAACACAUAUAAAAGGUCAAGUGAAACAAGUAUCAGUGACUCGUAUUGCCUUAACAACAUGAAGUUCAGUCCGAGAUUGUACGAGAUCAAGUUAUCACAAAGAAUGGAAAAUGUUGCAUACAUUGAAGACUGUGAUCUUUUUGUUAUUACCGAGGGUGAAGCGUCCAGGUCAUAUAAUUUUAAUACAGGACUGGAUAUAAACAUUGGUCUGAAAGGAUUAUCUGCACUCCAGCCGUUUAUAGAGAUGGCUUCAUUAGCUGAAACAGAACAUUCCAUCAUGCAAUCCCUGAUUUACAAAAUGGAACAUUCCAAUAGAAUCUGCAGAGAAUUUCUCAAAUUUGGCCUCAAAGAGUAUAUAUUUUUAUGAUAUCUUGUGGCACAAUCUAACUUCAUUUCUCUUUAUAUCCACCUUGUUCCAUGAGUUUCGAGGUGUGCUAAAAGUGAUACUUUUCUUAUAUAAUUAUGUAAGAUAUGUUCAAAAUAAAACCUUUGCUUAACGUAUUAAAUUUUCCCGACCAACAAAAUCUAUUAUGA